AUGUCCGGCCUCCAGCGCAUGCCAGUAAUCGCUGGCGUCGCCGGCAUUGGCACCUCUGUUGCUGUACUGUCAUCCAUUCCCUCGGUCCGCCAACGCUUGUCCUCACUUCUCGGGCUCUCUGCGCCUGGUGGAAUAUGGCGCGUCCUCGCGAUCCUCUUUGCGCUCCUUAACUUGAAGAGCUUACCGUUUGUGUGGCACAUCCGCCUCUUCCGCGCCCUAACCUACCAGCUCUACCUAAACCCCCAUCCCAUAACUCCCUCCUCCCUCUUCCGCCCUAUAAUAACCUCAACCCGCACCCCCCUCCUCGAAUGCGAUUACAACCUGCACAAGUCCAACUCGACCUACUUCUCCGACCUCGACAUCUCACGCUCCCACUUCGCCUCCACGCUCCUGCGCAGCGGAAUCCGACAGCUGGGCCGCAGACCGCAAGCAACGCAGAGCACCGCCGCGCCGAUCAAUGGUGGUGGUGGUGGUGCACCAGGCGGCGCCGAAGCGCUGCCCCCACCCCCAGCAAACGGACGUUUCGCGAUAGCGCUAGGAGGGAUCACAUGCCACUUCCGGCGGGAAAUCGCGCCGUACCAGAAAUUCGAGAUUCAUACGCGGCUGCUGUGCUGGGAUCGCAAGUGGCUAUACCUAGUCUCUCAUCUUGUGAAGCCGGGGGUCGCGCGGCCGACGAGCUAUGCGCUGCAGCCAUGGAAGAAGGGGAAGGCGGUUAAGGCGGAGGAAGAGGAGGCGUAUCGGGAGAAGUUGAAGGGGGCGGUGUUUGCGAGCAGUAUUGCCAAGUAUGUGGUUAAGAAGGGACGGUUGACGAUACCGCCGGAGGACGUGUUGAGGCGGAAUGGGCUGCUUCCGCCGAGACCUGGUGAACCAGCCUCUACAUCUUCGUCUUCUGAGGAGGACGUGACCCCGGAACAAGGUGAAACAACCUCAAAUGGGGCACCACCAGAAAUGAUCGAUGCCUUGGACUCAGAUGACAGCGAUAGCGAUACAGAGUGGACAUGGGAGAAGGUUGAGGCGGAGAGGGUAAGGGGAAUGAAGCUCGCGGAGUUGUUUGCGGGAUUGGACGGGUUGCACGAGGAGUUCACCGGCGGAAGGGACGGUGUACUUGGUGAGUAUCCGGAUCUGCUGUGGUAG